UCAUACGUUUUUCUGAUUUCGCUGCCGUCACAUCAUAAACGGGGAGAUUGCUUACGAGCCGCGGAAUACUUUUUUAAAAUUUACUGUUUUUAAUUAGAAAUUAAAUAAACAUAAAAUGAAAAAUUAUAUGUUAAUAUUGUUGUUGGUGUUACCCACCAUUAUUUGCACAUUUAAUGCACCCAACAAAUUCUCAGCUUUUGCUGAAGAUGUCGUUGAGGAAGACAUUGUUGAAGCUGAUGGUGAUGAUGGUGCUGUAACCGGUGAAGAUGUCGAAGCGGACGAAGACUCAGACUCAACACAAUCAACAUCCCCCUAUGCUGACACAAUUUUGCUGUUUACCAAACCUACUUACACACCUGGUCAACAAAUGGAUUUACCCGGAGGCAAGCCCGUUGAAUUCUUGAUUGGCUUCACUAACAAGGGACCCAACGAUUUUGUUGUUGAAACUGUUGAAGCUUCUUUCCGUUACCCCAUGGACUUUAACUAUCACAUCCAAAACUUCUCAGCUGUUGCCUACAAUCGUGAAGUUAAGUCUGGUCUUGAAGCCACUAUUUCCUACUCAUUCAUGCCCUCUGAUCAAUUUGCUGGCCGUCCUUUCGGUUUAAACAUUGCUAUGAACUAUCGCGACUCCAAUGGUGUUCAAUAUAUGGAAUCUGUAUUCAAUGAAACCGUUUUGAUUUCUGAAGUCGAUGAAGGUUUGGACGGUGAAACUUUCUUCUUGUAUGUCUUGAUGGCCGGUGUUGUUGUUUUGUUGUUGGUUGUCGGCCAACAAUACUUGUUGGGCUCAUCUGGCAAACGUAAGCGCACUGCUACCAAGAAAACUAUUGAAACUGGUACUGCCAACGAUAACUCCAUUGACUACGAAUGGUUGCCCCAGGAGACUUUGAGAGCUUUGCAAAAAUCUCCACCCAAAUCGAAGACACCCAAAACAUCACCCAAGCCAAGCAAACAAAGCAGUCCCAAGCAAACACAGAGCCCUAAACCCAAGAAGGCGGUUAAACAACAAUAAGAUUUUUUUUCUUCAAACGUUUUUCACAUUCGUUUCAUUUUUAAUUUAUCAUUAAUACAUUUUCAUUUUUGAAAAAUCCAACUUUUCCACGUUUGCCCCACUCCAACCAACCCUCCAGAAAUGUUUGAGAUUUUGUUAUGGGAGAGAACGUUAUGGGUUCUUUCCUCACAACCUCCUGUUUACCAUCGAGAAAGGACUUUUAUCAUCUUUUUUAUAUAAUUUUAAGUAAAUUUUAUAUUGUCUUCAUUUAUGGAAGACUCCUCCCUGAUUAUAGAAAAAUUGGUAGAAGUCUAUUCAUCAUAACGCUGGUUGUUAUUAUGUCUUAUUAUUUUUUUUCGUGUUAGAAGUGUAAUUUAAACGAGUUUAAAGUCUUUAAUAUAUUUCAUAUUGUAAGUCAAACUGAAUACUUGACAUUCUACUAAAUAAAACAUACCUAGUGUACUUUUUUUUAAUAAAAAACUUGUAAAAAAUUUAAAUGGAUUAAUUUUUUCUAAAGAGAAAAACAAGAAUUCAUGAAAUAAAUUGAUAUGAAUGAUAAUUUCUAAACGAA